AUGGUUCUGUGCUUUGCCCUCGGCAUUGCAAACAUCUUUUCCCCCGUCCUUCGCAUCAUCUUCUCCGUCAUUUGCCUUGCUUGCUCGUUCGUCAUCCUCUUCAUUGAGGUACCAUUCCUACUUCGAAUUUGCCCUACGUCCUCCAAGUUCGAUGCCUUCAUCCGCCGCUUCACCACCAACUGGAUGCGCGCCGCCAUGUAUGCCGUCAUGUGUGGUGUCCAGUGGGCCAGUCUCUGCACUGGUGCCUCGAGUCUGAUUGCCGCCGCCGUCUUUCUCAGCAUCGCUGCUAUCUUCUAUGCGCUAGCCGGUCUGAAGAGCCAGGAGUUUGUUGGCAGUAAGACCCUCGGUGGUCAGGGUGUUGCGCAGAUGAUCGUUUAA